UGUAAAUGGACGAACAUGGCUUUGUUGGGCCAGAAUCCUGCCCAGUUCUCGCCUUCUCGGCCCAACAUUAACUCUGAGCAAGCGCAAACAGCAAACCCUUCCCGUCGCAACAAGAGAAAUCCUCUAAUCGUAGCGCCGCACUCACCACCGUCCACCGACCCAUCGAUACUCAUGGCGGCGGUCGCUUCUCGCGCCGGUGCUGCUCGUGCUGGGUUCCGGCGGAUGUUUUCCGUCUCGGCCUUCUCCCCACCGCCUCCCCCGGCCGCUCGCCCCGCGGCGGAGCCCUGCAACAACCUCUUCGUCUCAGGGUUGAAUAAGCGCACGACAACUGACGGACUUAGGGAAGCCUUCUCGAAAUUCGGUCAGGUUACUGAAGCAAGAGUCAUCACGGAUAGAAUAUCUGGAUACUCCAGAGGUUUUGGCUUUGUUAAAUAUGCAACUGUGGAAGAAGCUGGUGAGGGCAUAAAAGGCAUGGAUGGAAAGUUCCUCGAUGGUUGGGUGAUAUUCGCGGAGUACGCAAAGCAGAGAGAAGCCCAGCAGCCGCCACAAUCAGCUGGGACACCAUCUGGCUACCAAUACUCUAGCUAAUAAUGUUGGCUGCGUCAUAGGAGGCCUAUUGGAGUUCUAUGGAUCACAAAUUGCUCGUUCUUCGAGACGUUGUUGAUAGACCGUGCUUGUCCACCAAGAAACUAAGCCACAUUUUGUCCUAAAUUGACCUGUUGAGUAAUGGUACUACCUUAUUUAGUGAACUGAAUAAACUGAAUCUGUUAGUAAUGGGGAAGGAAAGAAGUACCGAAAA